CUUUCUCCCUCCUGCACCUCCCUCUCCUCCAGCAGUUGCCCUGUUCCUACCACCCUCUCCCGGUGACCACAGUGCCCUCUCCAGGUUCCCCCUCCUCUGCCUCCUCUGCCCUGUGCUUUCCUUCCACAUCCCCUUCUGAACAUCCUAACCCUCCCGCCUCCCUUUCCCACCCCACCAUUUCCACCACCCUCCUCCCCUCCACAUCUCACUCCUCCCCACUGAACCCUUCCCACUGCAGGGAGCUGCUGAGAAGCCGUGUGGUCCAACCCUGGAUUCUCCAAGCACUGACUCCCAUCCACUCUGACCACAUCCAGGGACCACAUCCCACUGACUGCUCAGCAUCCUUCCAUGGAGGUGACCACCGUGUCCCCAUCUCCUGCUUCACCCAUGGAAGGAGACGAUCUCUGUGAGAUAGAUGUCGCUGAUGUGGCCAUAGAUGGUGUCACGAUGCUCAUCUGCCUCUGUGGGCUGGUCGGGAAUGGGGCUAUCCUCUGCUUUCUCCAAAGGAAUCCCACCACCUUAUACAUCCUCAACCUGGCCUUUGCCAACUUCACCUUCCUCCACUUCAUGAUCCCCUCUUCCCUGCUUUACAUGCUGGAGGACGUGUCCUGCUCCACAGUCGUGUCCCUGAAGUACCUGAGGUCCCUUCUCCUGCUCUCCCUGUUCUCCUACAACCUUGGGCUGUACGUGCUGACAGCCAUCAGCAUUGACAGGUGCACAUCCAUCCUCUACCCACUCUGGUAUCGCUGUCACCGUCCCCAGUGCCUGUCCUGGGUGGUGUGUGCCCUGCUCUGGGCAUUCUCCAUCGCUGUCAUUGUCACAGUUACUUCCCUGUGCCUGUCACAGGAGCACGAGCACUGUCAGGUGUCUCUCAUCUCCAUGUACGCCCUCAACCUCUUCUUCUUUACCCCAGCCAUGCUCAUUUCCAGCACAGUCCUCUUGAUUAAGGUCAAGUGCAGCUCCCACGGGCAACAACCCAAGAGACAUGACAUUGUUAUUUUCCUGAUUGUGCUCUCGUUCCUCCUCUUUGCUCUCCCCCUCACUCUCUCCAACUUCCUGCAGCAGAUUGGUUACAUCGUUGUGUCCUCCCAGGUUGUUUUCCUGCUCGCCUGCAUCCACAGCACCAUCAAUCCCUUCAUCUACCUCUUGUCAGGGAGAUGCUGGAGGAGUUGCUCCCUGGGGUCCCUCCGCCUCUCCCUCCAGAGGGUCUUUGAGGAGCCAGAAGAAAGCAGUGCCAAUGGCACUGAUCCUGCCAUGGACACAGCCAUCCCAGCCUGCUGAUCCCUUCUACUGCUCUGCUGAAGGACCCCGGGACAGUGGCUGAGGGCUUCCUCGAGUCACCUGAUUAAUAAAUAUCCAUGGUAUC